UCUGUGGGGAUGGGCACACCUCUCCCUCCUGUGCCUUAGCGGAGCUUGGCCUUAAAUCAAAUCCUUUCUGAAGAACACAGGAGAGGCACUGAUUUACUGCUGGGGCACUUUGCACCAGGUUCUCAGAGAGGGAGGGAGAUGCACGAAGCUUUCCCUGGCCUUGCAGAGCCCCAGGUCCCAGAUCUCCUCCCAGUAAAGCCAGCAGUCAUUUCUCCUUUCACUUUCUUUCCUAACCAUCAUUUAUUUCCUUCUGCGUGAGUCUACAGACGGAGGCAUCCCUCUCCCUCCCUCUCCACCUCCUUCCCAGCCAUGUGACUGAGCACUCCCUGCCCCGAGUGAAACUUUCCAGCCCUCAGGAGAGCCGGGUUCGCUCCGCAGCCGCUCCCCGGGAGAAGCAGCGCCUCUCGCAGCCGCAGCCGUGCUGGCCAUGGGGAGGAGUGCACGGCAGCUCAUCUCGUUCAUCCUCGCCUGCGCAUUUUCCUCCUGCUUUGCUGAAGUGGCCCUGGGGGUCGACCUGUCUCCAGAAACCACAUCCUUCCACCAAAUGGCCACUUCUGCUCAGCUACUUUAUCAUUCUUCACGCCAUCAAAACACCACAGUUCAUUUUAACAGCACAGGCCCUCUUCAGACAACACCCAUGAGCCACAGAAGAGCUGAGCAGACAGCUGAACAGCUCCAGGUAACACCAGCUCCGGGCCAGCACACGGCAGCCGGGGCAGGAGCAGGCACCGUGUCCACAACAGCCGCAGACCAGGCCGGCCAGGUCACGACACCGGCAAUGCCCUCGGUUACAGCUGCAGGGAAGAACACAACCUCUCCCUCUGUGUACUCCACCAGGCAUGGGAGCAGACCACGUGUGAGCACAGGAACCGCAGCAGCGGCCACCAACACCUCCCUGAAGCACGAGACAGCAAGUACCCAGGGCACAGGUGCCACCUCCACCGCUGCAGCCGGCAGCACGCAGGGGGCCCGGCCCAGCACACGGUCACAGAGACAAACAACAGCCACUGGCGGCCCAACAACCACGGCUGUGACCAGCACAGCCACCCAUGCAGGGACACAAACAGCCCCCACAUCCCCUGGCAGCACAGUGAGACCCCCUCCCACCCCGCAGCCCCCUGCCAUCCCCACAGGCACCUACACCCUUUCCGAUGGGAAUGGCACCUGCGUCAAAGCCGUCAUGGGCCUGCAGCUGAUGGCUCGAAACACACAACAGGAACAGAUGGAAUAUUUGACUGUUAACCCCAAUGCAACAAAGAUAUCUGGAAGCUGUGGGAUGGUGCAGUCUGAGCUGAAUUUAACUUUCAGUGGAGGAUUUGUAAACAUCACCUUUGAAAAGCAAGCUCCAAGUUACUCAGUCACUAAAAUUGAGAGCAGAAUACAGUUAUCUUCUGAAGGUAUGCUUUACUAUGCAGCCCUAAAUAAGAAGCUGUUCACAACAAAGCUGGGGAAUUCCUUUAAGUGUGCCAGCACACAAACCUUCACCUUGGAGAGGAACUUCCAGAUCCUCUUUGUUCACAUGCAGCUGCAGGCGUUUGACAUUGUGGGUAACCAGUUUGGAAAAGAAGAAGAAUGUUUUCUGGAUAGAAACAGCAAAGUAGCUCCCAUUGCAGUGUGCCUGAGUAUCCUGGGAUUGUUUGUCAUUGUGUUUGCCACCUUCCUGAUCUCCAGGAGGAAACCACAUAGAGGAUAUGAACGCAUCUGAGGUGCCCUUGUUCUUCCAAAUGUAUGUGACAAGCAGAGAAAUCACAGGAGUUUUUGCUUCUGCCUGGCAAUUUCCCUGCCCUGGAACCACAUUUUAAAGUGAGAUGACACCAUGUGUUUACAGCUAAUGAAUGUUUCUGGAAGGAGUUUCUUUAAGGUGGGAAGGAGAAAACUCACACCUUCUACUUUAGGCUAUUCUUAGCAUCUAAUUUAGAUGUAGUCCAAAAUGAGGAGCCUAAAUUCUCUGUUAUCAACAAAGGAGUUCAUUCAGAUCACCUAAGCCAGAUUCCUAAAAAUAGCUUAAAGGAAACAGUAUCACUAUCCCCCAGAAAAUCCAUCAGGUUUGUUAAUCAUGGUGAUGGUGGUUAGAUUUAUCAAAAGAUGUAAGUCUGACCUUCAGGUGAAUAAAUCAGAGGCCCACAGCUACAGAGAACCCUGCUAAGUGAGGGGAAGUGUCAGUGUGAUUCUACUCACAAGCAACUUCUCACCAGUCCUACAACACAGUUACCUUUCCUAAGUGCCUGGGAUUCUCCUGCUAAGCCCUUUGCAAAGUCACAGUGGUAACUGUGACUCUUGGAAUCACUCUCCUGGAGCUUAAUAUGUUCCUGGUCUUGUGAGAGCUCAGGAAUCCCCCACGUGCUGUUCAGACAUGGACCUGUCACAGUGACCACACUGAGCACAGGAAAUGUGCUCUACUGUGGCAGCAGGGUGGUCUCUUAAUCCAGGAAGAUGCCACACUCACUGGAAAUGCCUGGGAUUAAGUGACCUCCACUGGAGCACCUGCACGAGGUCCAUGAGAAAUGGAAAUCCACUGAUGCUGUAUGGUCAAGGCUUCUGUGGGAAAUAAAAGCUUGCACAGGCCUUGCCCAAAAGUGAGUGUUCUGCAAUGUGCUUACAGCUGAGCAGCUGGAUUUUUAUAUGGAAAUAAUUUGGAGUUGCUUUAAAGCAGUGAUACACUCUGUAGUUAUUUCCUGCUAAACCAAUGAUGAAGGCAUGAGAAUAAUAAUUGCUUUUGAGAUUUAAGUCUGGCUCAUGUUCUUUGUUGUAACAAGGAAAAGCUCCUUGUCACAAAAGAUUUACAUGUGCAGAAAUGUACACAUACACAUGCACAUGCCUCACAACCUGCUCACUGAAGCAAAUGACAUCAAGAUGGCAAGAAAUUAUGUACAGAAACAUUUGCAAAAGAGAAAAUAAUAUUCAAUAAGAGCACACUUCCUCCAAGGAGUUAGGCUAAUGGCUUAAAUUUUACUAAUAACAGUUUGUGGAAUGGCACUCAUUAAACAAAAGAAAGGCUGAAGUCAUAUGGAAAAAUGCCUUGACAGUUUAAUCUGUAUCUAAACAAAAUACAAAUGCUGGGAACUAAUUUAAUUUCUAUGAAUAAUGGCCAAAUCCUGCACAGUUAUUAAUGGUGCUGGAACCUCACUUGAUUUUCACUGAAUAAAAUUGAUGGUUAUGUCUUGUCAGAUAUUUUCUUAAGUAUUUUAAAAACGGUUUUGAUAUUUUACUAGUAUUUCACCAUUGCAAGUUUACUUAUUUAAAUGAAGAAAGAAAAUAAAUUCUUCCAUGCUAUGAAUUAAUUAGAGAUGUUGGUCUGUGUGGAGCAGGAAACAUGGCUGUACUGCUCUAUAAUCAGUAUAAUGUGUAGCUGUGGAAGUAAUUAACAUUCUCUAGAAAUGUUCUCUUUGAGUCUGAAUGAACCAAUAAAGAAGAAAGAUAAAGACAAUUUUGAAGCACUUUUACACUUGGAGAAACAUCAGAACCAGCUGUGAGCACAGAACUUUUGCUUUAUGUUAAUAUUCAGUCUUUUAAAAAAGUCUGAUAUCACUAUAAGGACAGAAAAGAGUUACUAAUGUCUAUUAAUUCUGUGGUAAAUAUUGUGAGAUGUGGCAUUUUUACUAGUCAUGCACGAAUAAUGUUCUUCCCCAUAGUUUUUUUUCUUUCUACAGUGAAUCAACCUGUUGGUAUUGAACAAUGUUUGGAUUCAGUUUUACAUGAUUUGUUCUUAUGCUUUUUCUUGCUAUUUUUUGUUUGCUAUUUUUAUGAAGCUGCAUUCUGCCAUUUGUACACGAAUGAUGCUCUGGGCUCGCUCUAACUGGCACACGUGAAGUGCACGUGGUGCAAACCAAUGAAACAAUUGGAUGCUCCCAGGAAAUGCUGCCAACAUGCAGCAAAAUUAAUCCAAUGGAGUUAGUGCUUUAUAGCAGUAGAGUGUUCAUUGGAGAAAUCCUUACUGCAUCAGGAGAUCCCAGCCUUGAAGUGCAACCUUCCAGCCAGCUGUGGCCCGGCCUGCAUCCCGUUACCUCCAUCCCUGAUCCCAAAACCCAACCAGCCUGCAGCAGGAAUGCAUGUCAGCACAGCAGGGAGUGUUGCCUCUCCAAAUCUAAUGCUGAAUUAGAAUCAGACAGCUCAGCUGCUCCCUGAGCUGCCAUGUGCAGUUCUAAAAGCUGAUGCCUGUGUUUGCUUUCUGCCAGAAUUUAGGAAUAUAUUUAGCUGGUACUUUUUUAUCUGGUGGAACGGCUUUGAGGUCUCCCUCCCACUGGGAAGACUCUGUAGGGGUAAUUAGUCUCGGUAUUGCCAGACUUGCUCAUUUAAACAUCUUGUCUGAGGAAAUGUUUUGAGCAAAAAGUCCCUAAAAGAACACCAUACAAAAGGAGGAUAUUUGGUAAACACACUAGGUGGGCCAUAAUGGCCGUACCAUGGAGCAGCAGGGCAGUUUUGUCUGCUGGGGGAGGAGACAAGGCUGCAGCUGGGUCCCAAAGAGACUCAGCAGCCCCAGCUCACUUCUUCCCCAGCUGCAGACCCAGACCAACCCAGCCCUGAACCAGAAGAUGCUGAUCAGGGUGAUCUGGUGCACUGAUGUCAUGGUGCUCUGACGAUGUGAUGCAUCCACCAGGGAAUCAAAGCUUAACUUCUGUGCAAGCAUGUGCUGGUCAGGAGGCUGUGGGGCCAUCACAGGGACUAGGAGGUGAGCACAUCCCUACAUGCCCAUGUCCCCACAUCCCUAUGGCUCCCUGGUGCCCUGCUGCAGCUCCCAUGCCAGACAAUCCCCCAUGGUCUCUCGCACACCCAAGAAAGAAUGAGGGCAUCCCAGAAGCAUGAUGAUGUCACACUUAGACAAGUCACUGAGGAGUUUAAAAAACGAGGUUUAAUUUCUUUCAGUCCUUUUUGUUCUCUCAUGGACAAGUGCAAAUUAAGAAACAGCUGUUAAUUCAGUUGAAAGAGGAAGGGAGAUUAGAUUGGCAUCUUGAGUAUCUGAACAUGGCUUGGUUGAUCACUUCUAGCUUGCUAUAAUGUUUGGCUGCUAAAAAUAACUUGCUAUGAGAAGUAAGAUAUGCUCUUUAUUUUUCUAUUGUUGGUGUUUUCAUAAUAAAGGCUGUAUUUAACCAUUA